AUGGAAAACAACACUAAUUCGAUUGUUCUUCCGGGUCGGGUUGAAACCGGUUUGGAGGAAAUCUACAAGAAACACAAGUGUGGUCCGAUAAACGAUGACACAAGAGUUAUAACUAUGAUUAUUGGCGAUUUUAGGAGAGAUAUGUGCUGGUAUGGAGUCUUUGGAAACACAAGGCAAUGGAGGAUCUCUGCACAGUCCUCAGCUCUUAGCUUUAGCUGA